AUAAGACGACGUUGAUUUUGCAUUGAUUGACAGGGGCAGGUGUUGGGUUUCUCGCUGGGGGCGGGACUUUUGUUGCUCAACAUGGCGGCGUCCUGCACUGCUCAACGCGUCUGAAGGAUGUCCAAGGAGCAGGUGAGCAUCGGUGAGCUCCUGCUCUCAUUGGACAGUUCGGACCUGCAGGAGGCGAAGCAAGGCCGAGCAGCAAUCAGCCAACAGCUGAGUUCAGACAGAGGAGGCGCUGUGCUCUGCAGUCUGGUUGAUUUCUACUUAAACUCUUCUUGUGCCUUGGCUCUGACACUGCUCUCCUCCAUCAGAGAACCCCUACACAAGGCCCUGCUGGACAAACUGAACGAAGCAGUGUCCAGGCCAGCGAACCGAUUGGCUGCUGUUACUCUGCUGGGUCACAUGAUCAGCCGGCAACCGCCAUGGAUUCAUCACGUCAGCCGAUCACCUCUGCUCACCUCGCUGCUGCGCUGCCUCAAGAGCGACGGUGAUGUGAUGGUGCUGGUGCCCGGGGUGCUGGUAUUAGUGACGCUAUUACCCAUGAUCCCUCAGGCCGCAAAGCAACACAUCUAUGACUUCUUUGACGUCUUUGGACGCCUGGCAUCAUGGAGCCUCAAAAACCCUGGCCACGCCCCCGCCUCCCACGUUGUCCAUCUUCAUGCCGGAGUGUACGCCUUGUUCCACCGCCUUUACGGAAUGUUCCCGUGUAACUUCCUGUCCUACCUGCGCCUGCACUACAGCAUGAAGGAAAACCUGGACAUCUUCCACCACGUGGUCAAGCCGAUGUUGGAUCAGGUGCGUGUUCAUCCCGAGCUGGUGAGCGGGACUCAGGACUCAGAAGUGGAUCCUUCCAGGUGGCGUCGCUUGGAGGUCCACGACAUCAUCAUGGAGUGCUCCCGAGUCUCCCUGGACCCUCUGGAGUACUCUUGUGAUGACCACAAGCUAGUCCCGCCCCCACUCACCCACCUUGACCAAACCUGUCUCCCUGGCGCAUGCAGCAGCAGGGACUCCACGUGGACGCACAAUUCAUGCCUCUCAGGAAGCAUGCUCAACAUUGACCACCUGGAUCUGCAACUCGAUGUCAAAUGGAGCCCCUCCUCCCAAUGUGGUUUGUCAACCCCGCCUCCAGAAAUGGCGGCUGUAAGCCCCGCCCAUUCCCUGAGUAGAAACAACUCGCUUUCAGGUGUAAAAAGUAUCCCUCCAGCCUUGGCCCCACCCAUAGGAGACAGUCCAGAUGGCGUCCGGCGUACGGCGGGCUCACAGGUCAGGCUACAGCCAAUCAGGAAGGAGGUGAUGGAGCCAGCGCGUGAUGAUGUUGAAGUAGACAAGGCCUGCCCCCCGCAGCCUUGCUCCUCAUCCUGUUCUUCCCCCCUGCCUUCCCUCCUCCUCACCUCCACGCCCGCCCGCCACCAAAUCCCGCCCAUGUCUGACACAGCCCCACCUCCUCCCUGCUCUGGUUCGCCGCGCAAUGCCACCGGCCCCGCCCCCUCCUACGACUUCCUGUUUGAGCUUGCGCUUCCCCACGCCGCCAUGUUGUUUGUGAAGAGCAAGACACAGGAGGCGCAACGCAAGAUGGAGGCGCAGCACCCAACGGCGACGCUCGAGAAACGUGACAAUGACGAGGACGUAGAUGAGGAGAAAGAGAUGAUCGCCGCGUCUCCUCUGCAGUUGCUGGACCGCCUCAUCGCCCACGGACACGACACGCACGCUAGCGUUAGCCUUAGCAGGAGGUCUUCAGCACCCGCCAAGUCGUUGGAUCGCAACCCUUCUGGAGGUAAACAACAGAGCAUGAGAAGCAAAGGCUCCGUGCAGGUGGAGGAGGCGGAGGCGCUGCGGCGAGGCCUGCAGCUGACGCAGGCUCAGCUACAGUACGAGCGCUUCAAACGCCAGCAGCACGCCAUCAGGAACCGGCGCCUCCUGCGCCGCGUCGUCAGCGCCGCCGCGUUGGAGGAGCAGAGCGUCGCCAUGCGCACUCAGCUGGCGGUGCAGGACGAGGAGACGAGGGCGCUGACGAGCAACCUGGAGGCCGAGCGGCAGCGCUCGGCUCAACUGCAACGGGAUGCGCAUUUGCACGCGCAGCAGCUCCAGGCACACGUGCAACAACUGUUGCAGCAGCAGCAGGAACACAAUGCGCAACACCUCGCGCUGCAGAGCAAGCUUCAGGAGUGUCAGAGCAGAAUGAAGAAUUUGGAGGUGGAGCUUCAGAAGUCCAAUCAUAAGGCUUCCAAUGCCGAGCGCCAGUUGAGCCAGCUGUCACUCAAGUUGAGCAGCAGCGACAAGUUACGUCAACAGAUCUUCCUGCUCAACCAACACUUAAUUGUGCUCACAGAAACCAACAAAGCUCUCACGCACCAACUGGACACGCAGCCGCCGCGCAGCAGCACCGAAGCGUCUAUGCUGGGCGGCGUCGCCCGCCGAGAGUUCCAGCGCGCCAAGGAGGCGGAGCAAGAGCACAGGCAGAAGCUGGAUGCGGCCAAUCACAGAGCGGCCGAGCUGGACAAGCAACUGGCCCAAAAGGAGGCGCUCAUAGAACAACACAAGCAGCUGCUGGAUGACCAAAGGAGACGCAGCAGGGGUGAGCUGUCGGCGUGCGAGGCCCAAUGCACAGCAUUGCGGAAGACUGUCCAAACUCUGCAGAGUGAGAUGCUUCAACUCUUCAGCGCCUUGGAUGCGCUCAGCAGGCCCGCCGUUGAUGAGCCCGAUCAACAGCCCUCUGCUUCGUCUGGCGUGGCUGUCGUAAACUGCGAUGGCGUGUCCCGCCUGUCCACCUCCCCCUUCCUCUUCCCCACCUCCGCUUCAUCGUCAUCGCCCCUCCCACUGUCCCCCAUUGAGUCCCCGCUGGCGAUUGGCUCCUUCUUGGAGCAGAGGGCAUGGGAGCUCUUCAGACCGCCCAAUCACAGUCCAGAAGAGGCGGAGCAGCUGGAGAAUGAAGAUGACACAUGUGGUGAUGAUGACGAUGAUGAUGAAGAAGAAGAGCUGAAGGAAGAUGAACAGAUCCAGAUAGGAAGUCCAGGUGAGGAUGCCACCCUCCGGGCAGGAAGUCCCCAGAUGGGGGGCUGCCUAUCACCUCCGCCACUUGGCGACGCCCUCGACAUUUCGCUGGCCGUACACCAAAGACGGCGCGAGUUGAGCAUCAUGGACUACGACAACGUGGCGCCGCAGAUGUGACGACGGCCGUUUUGAUUCUUGACAAUGUGAAAUCGAAAUAAUAAAGGGAUUAUAGUUCAUGCC